ACUACUGGAAGUAGCUUCGCGUCCACGCGGGCCGCCAUUCCAGACGCUACCGUCUGUUCGACAAAAUUCCUCAGCCAACCUCUCCCCGCCGCCUAGAAAUAGUCUCAGUCGCUCUGCUCCUCUCUUCCGACCACUCCGCCACCAUGCACCCUCCUCCUCUUCCGCCACUCUCCACCGGCACCGGAUCCGGUGAUCCCCAACGAGCUGCCGUCGAAGCGGAACAGGAUUCCCCAACUUGGCGGCAGCUUAGCGACUUCAGCGCCACGGUCGGUGGAAAAAGAUUCCCGUCGCCCGCCAGCUACGCCAAUCUGAGGCCUAGGUCGGUGGGGGAUAUGGCGACCCUCGCGCCAUCCGAGAAGAAGAUCGUGGAAGGCGAGUUCGGCUACGUUCUCGAGGAUGUACCGCAUUUCACAGAUUACCUUCCCGAUUUGCCCACAUAUUCAAAUCCUCUCCAAGAUAAUCCAGCUUAUUCCGUUGUAAAUCAGUAUUUUGUUAACGCGGAUGACACUGUUCCAGAGAAGGUUGUGGCUCAGAAAAGCAGCCCAAGAGGCAUUCAUUUUCGACGAGCUGGUCCUCGUCAAAGGGUAUACUUUGAAUCAGAAGAUGUUUAUGCAUGCAUCGUAACUUGUGGAGGCCUUUGUCCUGGGCUUAAUACUGUGAUCAGGGAAUUAGUAUGUGGAUUAUCCUACAUGUAUGGCGUCAAAAAAAUUGUUGGCAUACAGGGUGGUUAUAGGGGAUUCUAUGCUCGCAACACUAUGCCUUUGACACCAAAGAUUGUCAAUGAUAUUCACAAGCGUGGUGGUACAGUCCUUGGAACAUCAAGAGGUGGGCAUGAUGCUAUGAAAAUAGUUGACAACAUUCAAGAUCGUGGUAUUAAUCAGGUUUAUAUUAUAGGUGGAGAUGGAACACAAAAGGGAGCUUCUCUGAUUUUUGAGGAAAUACGAAAACGUAACCUUCAAGUUGCUGUUGCUGGGAUUCCAAAGACAAUAGAUAAUGAUAUUAUGGUCAUAGACAAAUCUUUUGGUUUUGAUACUGCUGUCGAAGAGGCCCAGCGUGCCAUCAAUGCUGCACAUGUAGAAGCUGAAAGUGUUGAGAAUGGCAUAGGAGUUGUCAAAUUUAUGGGUCGCCACAGUGGAUUCAUUGCUAUGUAUGCUACUCUUGCCAGUAGGGAUGUGGAUUGCUGCUUAAUCCCAGAAUCACCAUUUUAUUUGGAAGGGAAAGGUGGACUUUUUGAAUAUAUAGAAAAAAGGUUGAAAGACAAUGGGCACAUGGUUAUUGUUGUUGCCGAGGGUGCUGGACAAGAACUUGUCGCCGAAAGCAUUCAACCCACAGGUCACGAAGAUGCUUCUGGAAACAAAUUGCUUCUUGAUAUAGGAUUAUGGUUAUCUCAAAAGAUUAAGGGUUAUUUCACAAGCAACCAAAAGAUGGUGAUUAAUCUCAAGUACAUAGAUCCGACCUACAUGAUCCGAGCUAUUCCCAGUAUUGCCUCUGACAAUGUCUACUGCACUCUUUUGGCACAAAGUGCUGUUCAUGGGGCAAUGGCAGGAUACACUGGUUUUACAACUGGCCUAGUUAAUGGCAGGCACACGUACAUACCAUUCCAUAGGGUUACCCAAAAGCGAAACAAGGUGGUCAUCACUGACAGAAUGUGGGCAAGGCUUCUAUCCUCCACCAAUCAACCAAGCUUUCUGAGCGCUGAGUACAUCGAAGGAAUAAAAACUCCAAGAGAGCCACCGAAAUAGGUUUAUGUCGAGAACGAACUUGCAUCGAAGUUACAGGUCAGAACUCGAAAACAAAAUGAUAUCAAAUAAUAUAUGGACUUUUGUAUAUGGAAAUAAAUUUUGUAACAUGCAUUACCAUCAUAUGGUGCUUCAUGGAGCCACGUUAGAUCAUCCUAUUUUUAUUUUUUAAUGGAGCUACGUUUUGUAAAUUUGCUGUCUUCUAGUUCAGAAGUAUGCAAUUGGAAUGCUAUCUAGUGUGAGGUAGUAAUAGUGAUGUUGUCUUGAAUAAAAGGUAAUUCGGUGUAAUAAGUUGAUGUCAAUAUGAGAUUUUUAGGAAGGAUUAUUAUAUAUAGUCGUACUGUGUAUUAUAAUUUUGUCGAUCAUGUUUUAAGACUUCUCUUAAAAUAUUAUCUGGAUUAUAAGAAAA